CUGCAGGCACCCUCUCCUCUGAAAUGUGGAAAAGGCUCCUUAUUUCCGCUUUUAAGGCGCAUGCGCAGAAGAUGCGAUCAAAUCCGACACAGGUCCUCAUGACGCGGCGGCACAGACAGCUGGAUAAGAGCUCAGCAGUUUCCAGAUAAAAAUGGCAGUGGAGAAGCGUCUGGCAUUCUCUAUUGUGCAGUUCCUACGAGAUCAAACACAUCAGGGCGCUUUGAAUUCUGAUGAGCAGGAGAGCCUCGAAGUUGCCAUACAGUGUUUGGAGACGACCUUUAAGAUCGGCUCCAGUGACUCCCACCUCGCUGUGCCACAGCCUCUGACAGAAAUAUUCCUCAACUCCCUGCUUAAGAAUGACAAUAUUACCAUACCAGAGACCUCCCCAUCUCCAGAAGACAUUGAAAGAGCGGAGCAACUUAAAAAUGAAGGGAACAACCACAUGAAAGAAGAGAACUACAGAUGUGCAGUGGAGUGCUACACAAAGGCCAUUGACCUGGACCUGAGAAACGCUGUGUACUACUGCAACAGGGCGGCGGCUCACAGUAAACUGGGAAACUACACAGAGGCAACUGGUGACUGCGAGAGAGCCAUUGGGAUUGACCCUACCUACAGCAAAGCGUACGGGAGGAUGGGUCUGGCUCUGACAGCCAUGAACAAGUAUCCAGAGGCAAUCUCCUUCUUCAAGAAAGCUUUGGUAUUAGAUCCAGAUAAUGAUACCUAUAAAUCCAACCUGAAGAUAGCGGAGCAGAAGCAGAAAGAAGCAAGCAGCCCAAUAGCUGCUGGAUUGGGUUUCGACAUGGCUAGUUUAAUCAACAACCCUGCCUUCAUCAGCAUGGCUGCAAGCGUGAUGCAGAACCAACAAGUGCAACAGCUUAUGUCAGGAAUGAUGUCUAAUGCAGUCGGGGGUCCUGCAGCAGGAGUCGGGGGACUGUCGGACAUCUCCAGUUUGAUUGAAGCGGGUCAACAGUUUGCGCAGCAGAUCCAGCAGCAGAACCCCGAGCUGAUCGAGCAGCUGAGGAACCACAUCCGGAGCCGCUCGUUCAGCGGCAGCGCGGAGGAGCACUCCUGAUCUGAUAAGUCUCACAUUUUUUUCCUCCAAGGAAGGGCAACCAUGGCGCGAUUACAAUCUCUACACCCAUUUCUUGAAAUCAAAUCCCCGGCACAGCUGGAACGAAGAGACAAGGAUCGGGUUGAAGGCACUUUACUGUGAAUACAAACUCUGAGGCGGAGAGAGGUGAAGACCUAGAGACUGGACCAUGAAAUGAAGCAUCCUAUACAUGAAGGGCAAAACACACUUGAAACACUUAAUCAUAAAAAGAGCCAAGAGGCGCAUUCACACCGCAGUACUUUUCCCACAAAGGUUCAUGAGAACUUAGUUCAUGAGAACUCUUUUGUCGCGUUCACACCAAAAAGAGCCGGUACUAAAAUGAGUUCAUGAGAACCUUUUUACCCCCACGAUGCAGGGACUUUCGUGCGGCUCUCUUGUGA